AACUGUCUAUUUCACUCAAAAACGCACCGCCUCCCAAUAAUCACGGCAGUCCUGCUCUGGCGUUCAGAAAAUGCGCACCGAAACACCGGGACACAUCUGCUCAGAAAGCAAACAGGGGAACAAGUGCAUCAUCGUGCAUGAAUCUCUAACAUCCAGCGACCUAUAGGAGCCUCCAGAAUCCCUCCUCCUCCACCACUUUCUGGAGAUACAUACACCUGUUUAUUCUCACCUGCAAUAUGGAGAGCUGGUCGGAAUAACCAAAGCCUUAGGAAUGACCACUGCUUACUGAUUGAUCGCAUUAGUUUUCAGCUUUAGAGAUGAUGCCCGAGCACCAGAACCAUGUUGUCACCACUAUCGAGACCAUUCCAUCAGAGACAGUCACCGCAUCACCAUCGGUGUUUCAGAGGAUGAAGAAAGUGCUUAACAGGGAACUUCUCCUCACGCUGGCUCUCGGCCAGGUCUUAUCGCUGCUCAUCUGUGGGAUUGGCCUGACCAGCAAAUACCUGGCGGAUGAUUACCAUGCCAACACCCCAGUGUUUCAGGGCUUUCUCAACUACAUCCUGCUGUUCCUGGUCUACACUACCACACUUGCAGUCAGGCAAGGAGAGGAGAAUCUACUGGCGAUACUGAAAAGAAGAUGGUGGAAGUACAUGAUUCUGGGAUUGAUUGAUAUAGAAGCCAAUUACCUGGUCAUCAAAGCCUACCAGUACACCACACUGACAAGCGUUCAGCUGCUGGACUGCUUCGUGAUCCCCGUGGUGUUGCUGCUGUCGUGGUUCUUCCUGUUAGUCAGGUAUAAAGUGCUGCACUUUGUGGGUGUGGGCGUGUGUCUCCUGGGCAUGGGCUGCAUGGUGGGCGCCGACGUCCUGGUGGGCCGACAACAAGGCCUUGGGGACCACAAACUCUUAGGGGAUUUAUUGGUUCUUGCGGGGGCGACGCUCUACGGGAUCUCCAAUGUUUGUGAGGAGUUCAUUGUGAAGAACCUGAGCCGGGUCGAAUUCCUAGGAAUGAUGGGUCUCUUUGGCUCCUUCUUCAGUGGUAUCCAACUGGCCAUUAUGGAGCACAAGGAACUUCUGAAGGUGCAGUGGGACUGGCAGAUCGGGCUGCUGUACAUUGGAUUCAGCGCAUGCAUGUUUGGCCUAUACAGCUUCAUGCCUGUGGUAAUCAAAAGAACCAGCGCCACAGCGGUGAACCUCUCUCUGCUGACAGCCGACCUGUACAGCCUCUUCUGCGGCCUGUUCCUGUUCCAGUACAAGUUUUCAGGGCUUUACCUGCUCUCCUUCUUCAUCAUCCUCCUGGGACUGGUCCUCUACUCCUCUUCCUCCACCUAUGUGGCACAGGAUCCUCGCGUUUAUAAACAGUUCCGCAACACGGGAAACGCUAUCACAGACACGCCCACUGUGGGGCCCCUGGAGCCUUCAGUGACCUAUACAAGCCUGGGUCAGGAAAUAGAGGAGGAGCCUCGCAUACGAGUAGCCUGAAGGGGGCGUGGUCAAUCCCAAACCAAUCAUCCACUGCCCGGCCCAGCAGUCUGUAGAAAAGUGAAUGAUAACGAUCACUGAAUGAUGUAAUCAACCACGUAGCAAAUGAGUACACUGUGAUCACGAACUGUCAAUAGGUAGCAGUGACUUCUGUAUAUCUGAGUAAUCAGAUCCAUCAUGUAUAGAGAUGAUUUCACCUCAUUGCCUCUUUCCCCGCGGCAAAUUAAGUGUUUAGAAGGAUUCGUGCUGACUGUUUUGUCCAAAUGCUCACUUGUGAAUGUUUUAUUUCUUAUACGAGCACAAAGGGUUCAUUGUAUCUGAACGUUUGACAAGGUUUGUCUCAUACAGUUUCAUGAAUAUUUUAUGUUUUAAAUCUAAUGACGUCUCUGGAAAACUGCAUUCUGAGUUUUAAAAUGCUGAUUUGAGCCAGUGCCUUGCCAUGUAAUAUUAUUAUUGUGGGUUCCAUUAGCCAAUGAGAAAUCAUGACUUCUGAAAACAGUGUCAUCAGUAUUGGACAUCAUGUCAUGAUUGCAUAUUGUAUUAUCUGCUCAAAAUUAUAAAUAUUUCCAUCUACAAAAAGGUAAAAAAAAAAAAAAAGUGAUUUUCCUCCUUUCUUUAACUGUUAUACCAUAUUCAUUUGUUUUAUAUUUGUCAUAUUAUUUUGUUUUAAUUCUGCCAAGAAAGGGUACAUACAUUUGUAUUAAAUAUAAAAGUCUGUGUAAUAGCAAUUGAUUGUAAACUUGUAAACUAUUUUACUGCACUUGAUUUUGUUUUAUAAGCAGUUCAGUCUUUAAUUAUCAUCUUAUUUGGAUAAAAUCCAGUACAAUACAUGUGUAAAGUUAUUCUGAACUGAUAUCUACAUUUUUUUUUCUUUUCGUUUUUGUCAUUUAAAUAUUGGAAAUUCUUAAUGUGUCUGACUUGCUUAAAAUAAAGUAUAUUUGUCUUAAACUCAAAAAA